AUGGGCCGCGCCAAAUCCCCAACCAAAGCGUCACCCCAAUCGCUCACCCACCGCGCCAACCACGCCCUCACCCAACUCCAAUCCCUCGUUCCCUCGGCCUCCUCAGCCUCGGACGAAGAAUCCCCUAUAACCAUCAUCCGCCUCUCCGCCCCGAUCAUCUCGUCCGCUUCUUCGUCCGAGACCCCGUCAGCAGCCCGCACCUCCGACAUCUCCAACACCUCCCUCCCCCCUUCGGGCCCAACCCCCUCUUCCCUCGAAGCCGACCUCCUCCACUACAAAGAACUCUUCUCCAAACUCCGCUUCUCCUAUGUCGAGCAGGUCACCAAAGAAAAGUUCAUCCGCGCCAUCGUCGGCGACCCGCCCUUGAUCGUCACGCCCCAGGAAAACGCCGAGCUGGAAGACAGUAACAAGGUUGCCAAGGCGGAGCUGAAGGCUCUCAAGAAUGAGGUGGCGGACAUGGUCAAGGAUCUGGAGGCGAGGGGGCGGGAGCUGGCAAAACGUUACGAGAGGGUCAAGACGGAGACUGUUCGGCUAGGGGAGCUGCCGGGACGAGUGGAGGGGUUGGAAAGGGAGAUUGCGAGGUUGAAGGAGGAGCAGCAGGUUGGGAAGGGAUCGAGGGCAGAGCUGAAUUUGCCGCUGGCGAAGACGCUGCAGCUUGUGGGCGAGAAAAAGAGGCAAAUGCAGGAGUUGGAUAGGCAGUUGGAGCAGCUGAGGAAUCAGGCUCCACGGAAGAGGAAGGAGGUGGAGCGGUUGCAAGGAGAGGUGGCCGGGCUGGAGCAGAAGAGGGGGAAUGCGAUGGCGGCGGCGAAAGAAGCGAAGAGAAGGAGGGAGGAUAAGGGGGCCAGGAACGGGGUUGAUGAGCUGGAGGCAAGGGGACGGUGGUAUAGGGGGAGCGAGGCUGUCUUGAGGGGGUUGCUGGGGAUUCAGGGGUGA